CUGACCGAUCUCGUAACGCCCAGCUCUCCUGGCUAUGGCCACAACAAUCGUGAUGAACGGAGCGGCUGUAGCCGCUGACUGGCCAGGACGGUACCACCACGUAGACCAGGUCUUGGACAGACCUGGACCGCGGACAGAUCCAUCGUUCCAGGCGGGAGAUGAGGUCAAGGACUUUCUGAGGGAUAAGUGCAAGAUUCUUGUCAUUGGUGCCGGGGGUCUCGGAUGCGAGAUCCUUGCCAAUCUAGCCCUGUCCGGGUUCAAAGAUAUUCACGUCAUUGACAUGGACACAAUAGACAUAAGUAACUUGAAUCGGCAGUUCCUGUUCAGACCCAAGAAUGUCGGCAAGCCGAAGGCGACUGUCGCUGCUGAAUUCAUCAUGGCUCGGGUACCUGGCGUGAAGGUUACACCUUAUUACGGGAAGAUCCAAGACAAAGAUGAAGACUACUAUAUGCAAUUCAAGCUCGUCAUCUGCGGACUCGAUUCCGUAGAAGCUCGCCGAUGGAUCAACGCGACUCUCGUGAACAUGGUGGACCCGGAGAACCCAGAGAGCUUGAAGCCUCUGAUUGACGGCGGAACAGAAGGCUUCAAGGGUCAAGCCCGUGUCAUUCUUCCUACGAUCUCGUCAUGCUACGAAUGUUCGCUAGACAUGCUGAAUAAGCCUACUGCAUUUCCCAUUUGUACCAUAGCCAACACCCCACGUCUUCCGGAGCACUGCAUAGAGUGGGCAUCGGUCUUAGAAUGGCCGCGCGUCCAUGGAGACAAGAAGAUGGACACGGACGAUCCUGAACAUAUCGGAUGGCUGUACAAGACGGCUCUCGCUCGUGGCAAAGAGUUCAACAUCGAGGGUGUAACAUACUCGCUCACACAAGGUGUCGUAAAGAACAUUAUUCCUGCCAUCGCCUCAACCAAUGCCAUUAUUGCUGCAUCAUGCUGCAACGAGGCAUUCAAGAUUGCCACCAGCUCUGCGGCAUACCUUAACAACUACUUCAUGCUCAUUGGCACGGAUAGUGUGUAUUCCUUCACCUUCGAGCACGAGAAACGCCCAGAAUGUCCAGUUUGUGGUGGCGAGGCUGUCGACAUAACUAUCAGCAAGGACCUCACUGUCGACAAGCUCAUCGAAACACUCAUUGAACGCCAGGACAUUCAAAUCAAGAAGCCUUCCUUGUCGAGCGGGCCUAAACAUCUCUAUUUCCAGGCUCCACCGCAGCUGGAGGAAGCUACUAGACCCAACCUAGAGAAGCCGGUAUCAGAGCUGGUAGCGGACGGCGGAGAAAUCACUGUAACAGCAACGACCCUGCCCUUCAGCCUGUCUCUCCGGAUCCACUACUCAUAGAGGACCUUACUUUACUUCUCGCAGUCAUUGUAAGUCAAAUCAGGCCCCACUAAUG